GUUGUUUUACAGGUUUGCCUUUUGAGUGAAGCAUGAUUACGAACACACCCUAACUGCAGGCAUAAAAGAACGGCUUGGUGACUGCAGAAUGCACACCUCUUCGGCCAACAUAAAAUACAACCAAAACAAAUAGACAAAUGACCGACAGGUGAGAGAGGGAAGGAGGGAGGAGGGGUAACACGUGCUGUGCUGUUUUGGCGCCAGUCGGCCACCAUACUGCUCGCCUGUGGAAGUCAUCUCUGAAACAUGCCUCUAAUGUCGUCCCUGCUGACAUGCUGUAGGGGCUUCCCGUCUGCCUGCUCCUCUUGAAGAAGGCCUCCCUCUCGUGGAAGGGGACCCCGACCGGCACGGAGAGCGAGACAGACGAGGGGUGGAGACUGACGACUGGGCAAGCGGCCGGGGGCACAGGCGGCGCAGGAUCGGGCGGUCAUGCCGGAGGGACUGCGAGGGCUCGACGGACGUGGAUCCCCGCGGCUGGUGGCCCCGGGCUCAUGCAGGGCCGGGGUGGCACCCGUGGCUCCCGAAGAGGUGGACCCAGCAGGUGGCUCUGUCGCUAGCCGCCCCGUGGAAGCGUGGGGAACACCGGAGCAAGUUGAGCAGAGCCGUCUGGCAGGAGCGGGAGAUGGAGCGUCAGGAGGAGUCGGAGGAGUCGGAGGAGGAGAUGAGCUGGAUUGGGUGGAGAUGGGGACCGGCAGCGGUGACCACCACCAGCACGGCGCACCUGUUCAGGGCCAGGGCCGCUUCGUGCGCCACCUGGCGCUAUUCCGCCACUACUUCCAGCACCCGUGGCUGCGCCUCUUCAUCGCCUACCUCGUCACACUCCUCAACUUCCUCAUGUUCGCCGAGGACCCCGUGUCGCACAGCCGCACCGAGGCCAACGUGGCGGUGGUGGGGAACUGCUUCUCCCUCGUGGUCAACAAGUACCCGGGCGGCUGGUGGAGCGUGCUCAAGGUGUGCACGUGGCUCUGCGGCAUCGCGGGCGGCAUGCUUGUGGGAAAAUUCAUCAUCCACCAGGCGCUGUUCGGCAACAUGCUGAGGCUGAAGAUGUUCCAUAAAGACCGGGGCUCCUGGAUGGUCAUGUUCUUCACCUCCAUCAUGCUCCUCUUCUUUUUCUCACACAUCUACAACCUCCUGCUGACGUUCUCUCCCAACAUGACGGAAUACAUCGUGAGCGAUUACAUGGGACUGAAGAAUGAAAACUUCAUGAGAGGAGCCGCCCUGGGAACGUGGAUGGGAGACUCCGUGACGGCUUGGAUGGUCACCGAUAUGAUGCUUCAGGACACUAAGUACCCUGCCUGGGCAAAGUCGCUCCGCUGCUUUUGGAGGAGAGGGAACAACAGAAUCGUCGUGUUCUGGGUGGUGUGGCUGAGCCUGACCUCGCUCGUGGUGCUCGUUGUGUGCACCGACUGGAUCAGCUGGGACGCCAUCAACCACGGCUUCCUCCCGAGCGACGAGGUGUCGCGUGCCUUCCUCGCCUCCUUCAUCCUCGUCUUCGAUCUGCUCAUCGUCAUGCAGGAUUGGGAGUUCCCUCAUUUUAUUGGAGCGAUGGACGUGAAGCUGCCUGGCCUCCACACCUCCCACAUUCAGCUACAGCUGCCAAGAUGCAUCUUCAAAGAGGUUUACCACAUCCACAUCACGGGCAAAUGGUUCAACUACGGCGUCAUCAUACUGGUGCUCAUCUUGGACCUGAACAUGUGGAAGAAUCAGAUCUUCUACAAACCCUACGAAUACGGCCAGUACCUCUCCCCGAGCCUCAACAUCUACACGGUGACCAACGUAAGCCACUUCAAAGCCUUCAACGCGAGCACCUUCACCUGGGAGUGGCGCACCGCACACGUCAACCCAGACACUAACCGCACGUAUACCCAGGGUGACCUGUUCAUGUUCAGCAAGUUCGUGGACACCGGCCUCUCCACCAAAUGCCUCGCCUUCCUGCCCAGCCUGCUGGCCUUCACCAUGUUCGGCAUCUUCGUCGUCAUCUUCGGCCGAUUCAAGGAGGGCGAGCUGCUGCCGGGGGACGUCAAGAUGUACCAGAAGGUGGAGAGCGUCGGCUUCCCGUGCUUCAACACCAUGCUGCUGACCCGCGUGCCCAAAAGCCACGGCGAGAACAGCGGCGACGGCUCGUACCGAAGGCGAGCCGAAGCGGGCGACAAGCCCCCCGACGAUUUCCAGGCAGAAGGAGACCUCGGAAAUGUUGAGCCGCGUUCGAAGGUCGGCCGAGACUCUGACACGAACUGCGGCGGGGAGGACGACUGCCGUGGCGCCUCGGACUCCCGACCCAACCCAGUGCAUGAAACAGAGCUCCUGUGACGAGUGUGAUAAAUCUACCGGUUCCUCCCCCCCCCCGGCCCGCCCGCCCACCCGCCCGGUUACGUUGAUGCCUUCAAACCGGCAUUACGCCUGUUGUGUAAAAUGUAACGACAUCAAUAAAAGAAAACACGUACACGCCUUGCCUUACAAGUAAACUAGCUGCCCGAGCGCGAUGAGCCGGAGUCGCGUUAAGUGUGCACGCAAACGCGGAUCGCAGUUGUCUCGCUCGGCGUGGAGCGUGGGGAGGGUGUACGUAACCGUGCACGCGUGCGUAGGUUAAACGUGAUGAAUAUUUGUUGCUUAACUGUAAACGAAUAUAGAUUGGUUUGUUGUGGUGAAUAUGGUUCAAAUGCAGUCGACAGCUGUGCUGGUAAUGCAGAAGGCUAUUCGUGCUUGACUGCCAGCCCAUUUAAAACUACUGAGGUGUUACAUCCCCAUAAAUGCUCCGGCGUAUUGAAUAUAUCCUCCCUUUAUUAAGUUGGCAACAAUACACCUGGCAUAGCCUGGAAUGGCUGUGUCGUUGGUUCUCAUCGCAAGCAGAAAAAAUCAACGAUCAGUGCGGUGAAGUAUGGGCAAAUAACACUUGUAUGACCUGCACGACGUGGGGAGGCCAUCAUCCAGCAGCGGAUUGACAACAAGGGCUGUUCACGUGGUCCAUCCCAUGACCUGCGAACGAGCCUUCGACACUUCACGCGGCCUCGGAGUGCACCUGGCCUGGCACAAGCGCCGUGGUGGCGUCCCCGCCAAUUGGUGGCGGCUGUUGCGGUUUUGUUGUUGUGGACAAGGACGGCAAAUCCUCGCGCAGCCUUCGGGUGACGCGAGCGGGCAGUUUGUCUGAGCGGGCAGUUUGUCUGAAUGGGCAGUUUGUCUGAGUGGGCAGUUUGUCUGAGCGGGCAGUUUGUCUGAGCGGGCAGUUUGUCUGAGCGGGCAGUUUAUCUGAGCGGGCAGUUUGUCUGAGCGGGCAGUUUGUCUGAGCGGGCAGUUUGUCUGAGCGGGCAGUUUGUCUGAGCGGGCAGUUUGUCUGAGUGGGCAGUUUGUCUGAGCGGGCAGUUUGUCUGAACGGGCAGUUUGUCUGAGUGGGCAGUUUGAAUGGGCAGUUUGUCUGAGUGGGCAGUUUGUCUGAGCGGGCAGUUUGUCUGAGCGGGCAGUUUGUCUGAGCGGGCAGUUUGUCUGAGCGGGCAGUUUGUCUGAGCGGGCAGUUUGUCUGAGUGGGCAGUUUGUCUGAGUGGGCAGUUUGUCUGAGCGGGCAGUUUGUCUGAGUGGGCAGUUUGAGGGCCACUCGCAAUCAGACAAAUGAACGAUGCUCACCGGGGUACACCAAGGGAUGUACGCUCCUGCACGGACAAAUACGAGACUUAAGAACUCGCGCAAACGUCUUGUUAUCGUCACUGGUCACCGACAACUCCCUGGCUCGGAUGCAAUUGAACUGGGUGGCUGGCACAGGACGUACGUACAUUGAACUUCUUUCGCACCGUACGUAGCCAACCGUGCUUAUCCGAGGUGCGGAUGCCCGGCACAGAGGAUGGAGUUCAACAAUGCCCGAGCCGGAGCAUGUUGGUGACUCACCAAAUGAACAAACGCGUAUUCAGCGUCUUUCCAGAAGAAGGAUCCCACACCACUUGCAUAAUUAAAGCUUAUGUGCGGAGCCUUUUCAAAAACCGAAGGUACUGUAAUGAAACAUGUUUUCUGUAUUUCACUGAGCUGCUCGGCAUUUUAAAACGGCACCCAGUAUGCCCAGCAACCUAAUUGAAUCUGAAAACUUCUGCAACAAAUUUAGCAAAAAAAUGUUUGGCUUCCUUUAUUUUUUUGUCACCGACGCAAUGGUAUUUUUUCGCUGCAAACUCAGCUCUAAAUGUUUAAUAUUGGGGGGGGGGGGAAGUUGCUCAUUGCUCGCUUGGUUGUGGGUGUUUUGCGCACAACACACAGACACCUCUCGUUAUUAUUCGUAGAGCCAUUACCAAAAGACGCUCUCCGCCGAGGUAUCCGUUUGAAAGUAAUUUAUAAACAACACAAACAUCAGAAUAGGGUUUUCCACUUUUUUCUGGUAACAAAACAGGUGUUAAGAUGGCUAAAACACUAAACUGAAACCUUUUACAAGGAAUCAUGUCUGCAUUAGCCACAAUACUUGUGGUCAGAAUGCAAACAAAAAACAUACUCUGAUAAUAUAUGCAUUGUCCUUGAAACUGAUUGGUCCACACCAGAGACAGCUUUCUUUGGAGCCUCGUCUCAAAUGGUGUUAGACCAGAGGACACCAAAAAUAGAAUUAGCGGUUAGUUUCACAAGUUUGAAAAUGGAGACAUUGCGGUUAAUUCCCCCCCAUCACAUCCCCCCCCACACCCACCAACAAUUGUCCGAAAUAUUUAUCUGAAAGUUCUUGCGACGGUAGUUUGUUAGAAGUAAGUUCAACUUUCUUUCGGAGGAAUAUUUGCGCGGUUACCAGAGUAACUCGGAAGAUUAUAGGUUUUAAGCUUUCGUGACUGCAAGGAUUCAUACUCUAAGUUUUUUCGGUAA